AUGGCUGGCAUCAAUCCCAAGCAUUUCAACCUCCAAGACGACCCGUUGCGUUACUUCGAGCUUUUCGAGCUCUUCCUCCUCGGAGAGGGUGAGAAGAAGAUCGAGGAGAAGGUCUUCUCUGGAAUGUCCAAUACCUCGGACUUUGUUCUCAUGAAGGAAGACCACACCCUUGGAAACCUCCUUUCCGAGCAUCUCAAGAUGCACCCCAAUGUUCAUAUGGCCGGAUACAAGAUUGCCCACCCCAACGUUCCGGAGCUUUUUAUCCGAGUGCAGACGGACGGGACCAUCACCCCUCGAGACGUUUUUACCUCAGUCUGUGAAAAGCUCAUUAACCAACUCGAGAUGUUGCACCAGGAGUUCACGCGAGAGUGGGAAUUGAGGCGAAUCACAACUGCCGGAGAGCAAGGCAACAUGCAGAACGGUCACUAA